AUGCCGCUUCGGAAUCCCUUCGCGCGCCGGCCUGGCGUUGCCGUGACCCAGGACGAGAACGUCCGCCCCGGUUCCGACGCCGGUAAUACUGACCCUGCCCAUCUUGGCUUCGAGAGGGUAAACACGGUCGGUUCUAGAGCCUCGUCGGCCUUCAGCAUCCGCAGCAACAAGAAGGGUCCAGAUACUGGCGAAUACAAGAUGAGUGUGGUCAAUGGCAGUGGUGUAUACUUGCCGCCGUCCCCCGUCGAGAAAGAAGCGAUUUGGCCCAGGAAAUACCUGUCGCGCAACUCCACCGACACAAGGAGCAGUGUUCCCGAGAUUGAACACUUCUCCAUCUCCAGAGAGUCCUUUGACUCCUAUAGGAGGUCCUUUGACAUUUCCGCAAAGAGCCCCAUAUCUCCCACAUCUCCCACCACGGGCAAUUUCACUUUCGCCCCGCGGCAGAGUCUCGACUCGGCUAGGUUCCCACGCAUGCCGCGACAGUCGAUGCUAAGUGAGCGCCGCUUCAGGCGGGACUUUUCUAAUACUCCGGAAGAGAGCUUCGAAGAGGUCGGCCUUAACGACGACAAGCAACAGGCCCAGCCGGCCAAGAGGCGCGGCUUCUUCUCCAAGUUUGGCUCCGAUGCCCCUGAAAACGCCACCCCUCUGAAAGAGAAGGAGAACGGGCAAGCCAUGUCGCGAUUCCUCCCCGGCCGGAAGCGGGGACAGAGCGGACAAGGGGCAGAACUUAUGCCUGUUGCUGACCGACCAUCCACCGCCACCACCUUGCAAGAACAGGAGGUGCAGUCAUGA